GACCCACGAAACCCAGUCUGCUCCGAACACACACACACACACACACACAACAGGGUUGAGCUGGGCAUCAAAACGUGCCUCCAAUGCCACGUGGUUCCGGGGACAGCGGGACAACAGAUGACAAACCAGCCUUGAAAGAAAGACAAUGCGAGGUUUUUCUUCUGCAAAUAAAACCUUAGCAACGUCCAAUAAAAUCAUAUUCACAGAACACAUGUUGUAAAUAAAGUAAUUUUGGUUACACCAUAAUAUUUUCUGCAGAUGUUCGGUGAGCCGCCUUCAGUGGUUACUUUCCCACUCGACCGAGUGGAAAUUUCAUCGGGAUCCAUGUUACCUGAUAGGCUUCUGAAAAGCGUGGUGUAAUUCCGAACUUUUUUCGGGAAAUGAAAUUGGGCUACGACGCGGAGCGACAGUUGCUCGUUUGCAUCGCUGCUGCCCCAGCGCGCCUGAAAAGCAACCUCCCGGAGGCCGAGGCUUUCAUUCGUUCACGAUGUGGCAGUAGGAUAAAAUCAAGCCGUUGACUGCGACACGAGAUUCAAGAUAAAGUCACCCCGGGCGCGGCCUGCGCUGCUGCGCGUCUGCCGUGGACGCGCAGCUUUGUGUCGAAGCAACAGGCGGUAAAGCGCAGAGGGAAGAGAGGCUGUGCUGGAAAUUAAUGCUAAAAUAUCUCCCACCCACCGGCUUCACCGGGGCGCACAGUGUAUCCAGAACCUGUUGUUUCGUCAGACUGGACAGCACCGCGCACAGGGCUGGCGCGGUGGAUGCCUUUACGCGCGGCGACAAGGCAGAGGUUGAUGCACGAGGAAAGAGGGCGGUCAAAGUGUGAAGGCGAACACUGUACCCUGCUCCAGCAACUCAGCGCCUUUUAGACUGCGUCUCACACGUGCAAUGUAUUGUUCGUCCAGGGUACGGCUCGCGGCAGAGGACACGCAUGCUUGAGGAGAACUCCGCGCACUUGAUGCCCGCUUCGGUGAUGCCAUGCCCCGGAACCACAGCGGAGACGAAGGCGGCACUGGGCUCUGGAUGAGGACGUCGCCGGGGCACCGUACCGAAGGCUACGGCUUGAAAGAUGUGGAGUCCGGACGAAGGAUGAUGAACAACGCGGGAGACGGCUUGCUGUCAGCCUCCACCGCCGCAGGUGCUGCCGGCUCCGAGAGCCUGAGGGGGAAGCAGGGAGCCCGGCUCAGCCUGCUGGGGAAGCCGCUCAUAUACAGCGCGCAGAGCGGGCGGAGAAACGUGCGGUACCGGCGGCUCCAAAACUACCUGUACAACGUGCUGGAGAGACCGAGAGCCUGGGCGUUCAUAUACCACGCGUUUGUGUUCAUCUUGGUCUUCAGCUGCCUGGUGCUCUCUGUGUUCUCAACCAUCCCGGCUCAUCAGGACUUCUCCUCCUACUGUCUCCUCAUCCUGGAGUUUGUGAUGAUCGUGGUGUUUGGGUUGGAGUACAUCAUCCGUAUUUGGUCGGCAGGAUGCUGCUGUCGCUACAGAGGAUGGCAGGGACGACUGCGCUUUGCCAGAAAGCCAUUCUGUGUCAUAGACAUAAUAGUUCUGAUAGCGUCAGUGGCGGUGGUGUCCGCGGGCAGUCAGGGCAACAUCUUUGCCACUUCGGUCCUGCGGAGCCUGCGUUUCCUGCAGAUCUUACGCAUGGUGCGAAUGGACCGAAGAGGGGGCACCUGGAAGCUGCUGGGCUCUGUGGUCUACGCACACAGCAAGGAACUGGUAACUGCCUGGUACAUCGGCUUCUUGGUUCUCAUCUUCUCUUCGUUCCUCGUUUACCUUGUGGAGAACAAAUUCAACAAGGAGUUUGCUACCUACGCUGAUGCCUUGUGGUGGGGAACGAUCACCCUGACCACCAUUGGCUAUGGGGACAAGACACCAAAGACGUGGACAGGACGGAUGCUGUCCGCAGGGUUUGCCCUCUUGGGCAUCUCCUUCUUUGCCUUGCCAGCAGGUAUUCUGGGCUCAGGCUUUGCCCUGAAGGUCCAAGAGCAGCACAGACAGAAGCACUUUGAGAAAAGGAGAAACCCAGCUGCCUACCUCAUCCAGUGUGUUUGGCGUAGUUAUGCGGCUGAUGAGAACUCGGUUUCCAUUGCUACCUGGAAGCCUCACUUGAAGGCGUUGCAUACCUGCAGCCCUACAAAGAAGGAGCAGGGAGAGUCAACCACAAGCCAGAAGUUGAGCUUCAAGGAGCGGGUGAGGAUGGCAAGCCCCCGCGGUCAGAGCAUCAAGAACAGGCAGACGUCUUCUGUGAACGACCGGCGGUCACCGGUGGCUGAGGCCGGUACGGAGGGCACGAGUCCUGCCAAGGUACAGAAGAGCUGGAGCUUCAAUGACCGCACACGCUUCAGACCAUCACUCCGCCUUAAGAGCCAGUCCCGCUCUACCACAGAUGCAGCAGACUCCAACAUGGCAGGGGAGGAUGGCUUUGAUGAGAAGGGCUGUCACUGCGAUAUCUCAGUGGAGGACCUGCUGCCCUCAGUCAAGUCUGUCAUUAGAGCUGUCAGGAUAAUGAAGUUCCAUGUAGCCAAGAAGAAAUUUAAGGAGACGCUGCGUCCUUAUGAUGUGAAGGAUGUGAUUGAACAGUACUCUGCCGGUCACUUGGACAUGCUGUGUCGCAUCAAGAGCCUGCAGACCAGAGUGGACCAAAUCCUCGGGAAGGGCCAGAUCCCUCUGGAUAAGAAGAUUCGAGAGAAGCUGCUUUCUGAUGGAGAUAUAUUAGAGGACAUGAGCAUGCUGGGUCGCGUCUGUAAGGUGGAGCGGCAGGUCCAGUCGAUUGAGUCAAAGCUCGACUCCCUGCUCGACAUUUAUGGUCAGGUUUUGCGCAAAGGCUCGUCUUCAGCCCUCCAGCUCUCCUCUCUGCCCCUGUUCGAGCUGGAACAAACCUCCAACUACAACUCCGUCUUCAGCAAGGACUUGUCCUGCUCCACCCAGGUAAGCAGCAGCGGAGCGCCUCCCCCUGGCGGCUGUGUCACGCGCCCCACCACCAACUCCCACCUUUCCCAGGGAGGACUCCAUCUCAUCCUGGGGCCACCCAAAGAGCUCAACCUCAAUCUCAGUGUCUCCUCUUCCACACCACCCUCUGGCCUUGCAUCCUCUUGUUUUAGCCCGUCGCCACUGCCUCGUCACCAUCAUCACCAACACCACCAUCAUCAUCCUCAUCAUCCCCACCAUCAUCAUAUCCAGGCUCAGGCCGGCAUGCCUGAAAGUGGCACUGAUGAGGCUGUGGGGAGCUCUCCACCCAUCCUCACCCCAAAUAGUAUCAGCAGUAGAGGGGGCGGACGAGUAGGAGAUGGAGGGUUUCCUCUUCUGCCAAGGCUUCCACCACCGCUCCCUCCCAGCCGAAGUCGUGGCCCAAGCAACAUGGUGCGAGUGACCUCCACAGAAGCAUCCCCUGACAUGGAGGACUUUUGUGGAGGUCUAGGGACAAAGACGGAGGACAGUGGUGUCAGGGAGGACCUAGGCCUUGGGCUGGGGCUGGGCAGAUUGGGGCAGCAGCUAAAGAGCAGCACCAACAGCAACAGCGGGCUAAACACUAAGGAGGAGGGCUCCUGGAGGAGGCACAUGAACCUGGAGCUAGAGCCCCUGGUGCCACCAGCCCUGGGCUGCUGCUCUGGCACUAGUCAGAUGGACCGAGGCUUGGGCAAGUCCAUGUCAGUGCAGGACCUGAUGCAGGCAACUCAAGACGCUGUCCAGGAUGCCAACUACAGCCAUAGCCUGUCAUCUCCAAGCCCUAGUACAAGCAGUGACUCCCCCAAUGGCUUUCACAGCUGUAGCCAAGACCCUGGGGGAGGAGGGGGUGGCAGUGGUAUAGGCCGGAUAGGUGGAGGCGGAUGGGGUGAGGAUGACCUCUUUAUCAGUGACAGGGAAAUAGAUGCGCAGGGAUUUGACUUCCUGUCCCAGGGGACUGCUGAAGCCCACUCCUACUCUUCGGAGCUCCUGAGGAUGGGAGGCAGAGCAGGGCCAGGGUCCCGGGGCUCUAACCGUAGCCUGGCCAGCGGUCAGGCAUCCUCGCCCUCCGCUGGCAGCACUGAAUUGCUGAACAUGCCGCACGUACGGCUAAAAUAGACCCAGCUACAAGUUCAGAAGGCGUGCAAAUCUCACCUAACAGAGACUUUUUUUAAAUUCUUUUUGGAUGGGAGCGGGAGGUCGGGACUAGGACAAGGGGUCCUUUUAUUUCUUUAUUAAUUUUUUUGUUGUUGUUAAUUUUCAUUUUGAUCCAUUUGAUAAGAAUCGUAGUAUUUUAAUACAGGCUGAUCACAUAUGGUAUAUCAUUGCAUGAGUUAUUCUUUGUUUUAAAGUACGACUGACAAAUCUGAGAUAAAGAUGACAGCUUGUAAAAUGGGAACACAGACCCCCCAAAAUUAAGACUUUUUCUAUUCAACAAAGCCAACUGAACUUUGCUCUGUAAGAUGGUUUCUUGAUAUGUGACCUUGAGACACAGCAUGAACACUGCAUGUUUUCAGUCAAAGUUACUGAGAUUAGCAAGAUACAGUUUACACUGAACAAAGUAAGAAGUCAUGGACACAUAACAUGUGGAAAAUUCCUUUGAGAACACCACUAACAUGUGUAGUAAGCAAUGGAAAAAAUGGGGCUUAAUGAUUAGAUGUGUCAACGUAUAGAGAGCCAAUGUGAAACUAGAACUUCCAGGUUCUGUUCCAACAUCUCACUGCGAUUUCUAACACCGAUAACUAAAAAUCCAGCUUUAGAACAGAGCCUUUAUCAACUAUAUGUUGUCUGACUCACUCGAUGUGUUUAGGUAAGUACUGUAGUCCUUUGAAAAACAAUCUAAUAUUGUUGUUUAUUCAGUAUUUAUCUUUUCAGCGGCCUUUAACAAACCCCAUUACCCAUAACCUUUAGACGUUUGAAGGCAAAAUUUCAGAUUGACAGAAGAGCCGAGUCCAUGAGCGACUUGAGGGCUCGCAGCGAGUUCAACCAAUUGAUGUAGGCCAGAGCGGGACAGAGAGGAGAGGAAGCUGUAGAAAUUCUCAAAUAGCAGAGAUUACAGCAAGAACGCUGAAAGUUUGAAUUUAGAAGAUAGCAUUGGUGAGUUUAAUGGAUAUAGACCAAACAUAGUUAUGAUGACACAAGUACCCGUGCUGCUGCACUUUCAGUUUUAUUACAUGAGAGCUGUGCUUUUUCCGAUACUAAAAAAAUAAAUUGUUGCUUAACUUUGUUAACUUUGAAGGUCUCAACUUCUAAUAGUCAGUGCCGUAGAGGUGGGUGAUUUGUCUUAGAAUAUGGAAAAAAAUCCCAAGGAUGUUUUUUUCACAAAGACAUGAAAAAAAUGCUGAAUGAGAGAUUGCAUUGAGUUGCAGAAGCUAGUGGAACAGAGGCAAGCCCGGAUGUGAUGCCAUGACUUCAGCUCUGUGUACAAGAUGUGUCUGUCUCUCCAAUCACAUGACAGGCUUCCAUACUGAAAUGAAUGUUACCUCACCAUUGCCAAACAAUUCAUUCUCUGUUCUUGUCACUAUUCCUAUUCUAUUUCCAAAACAUUUUACAAAACCAGAUCAUCUCAACUUUAUAUCCUGAAAUAAUAAAUUUAAUUGCUAUUCUCAACCAAUGAAUGUGGGCUGCCCACAAUCUUUUCAAAAGUACACCACAAAGCAGUGUAUAUGCAAGUUUUAGCUACUAAACUACAGUUCAUUUAUACUUAACUUUUUUGCCAA